AUGUCUGUGACGAGACUCAGCAUGGUUAAUCUGCUGGCGUUUUUUCUGCUGCUGUUCUAUGGAGCUGGCAACAUCAAUUGCUCAACAGUCAAUCACGAGAACAGUAGAGACAUGCGCUCGUUGCUGGAUUUCAAAGCGGCUACCAACGACCCAACAGAUGCCUUGAGAUCCUGGGACAGAAGCGUCCACUACUGCAACUGGACGGGUGUCAUUUGCAGCUCAUUGUGUCCAGGGCGUGUCGCCGCUCUGCAACUCGCCGGCCAAAGCUUGGCUGGCGAGAUCACCCCCUCUCUUGGGAACUUAACGUUCCUUAAGGUCCUCAACUUGUCCUCCAAUGGCUUCUCAGGCCAGUUAACUCCCCUAAACCUAAACCAACUCCAUGAGCUGGUCCUCCUUGACCUCAGCUCCAAUUCAUUCCAGGGGACGAUUCCUGACUCACUCAUGAAUUGUUCAAAACUACAGUAUCUAGUUCUUUCUGGAAACAUGCUAGAAGGUCCAAUCCCCAAGAAAAUUGGUUCUCUUUAUAAUCUAUUAGGCUUAGGCCUUUCUAGGAAUAAUCUUAUUGGGGUCAUCCCACUAACCAUCAGCAACUCCACCCAGUUAGAACAACUUAGCCUUGAAGAAAAUCAACUAGGGGGGAGCAUUCCUGAUGUGUUUGGGCAAUGGUCCAAGAUGUUGGAAUUGUCCGUAGGUGAAAAUAGGCUCUCAGGUCGAAUACCACCUUCAAUCUUUAAUCUGACUUCGCUUCAAAUAUUAGAUUUGUAUGCAAAUAAGCUACAAGGGGAAUUGCUGCUUGACAUUGGCGAUACCCUCCCUGAAAUCAUAAUUUUUACGCUGGGCCAGAACAUUCUUGAAGGUCACAUCCCAGCUUCCCUAGGAAACGCUUCACGGCUGCAAGUGAUAGAUUUGUCUUCUAACAGUUUCGUUGGAGAAAUUCCUACUUUCGGAAAGCUACUAAACCUUAUGAACAUGAACCUUGGAUAUAAUAUGCUUGAAUCAAGUGAAAGCCAAAGAUGGGAAUCCUUGUAUGGACUAACAAACUGUAGUAAUCUAUAUGCGCUAACAUUAGAUAGUAAUCAGCUGCAAGGAGCCAUACCAGAUUUGGUCGGUAGGUUAUCCACUAAACUCAGACGUCUACACAUGGGUGGAAACAAUCUGUCGGGAAUAGUUCCUUUAAGCCUAGCAAACCUUAGUAGCAUAAUCGAUUUGGAUCUUAGCAACAACAAUUUAACUGGUACAGUCGAAGGAUGGUUAGGGAGUCUCAAAAACUUACAAUCUUUAGAUCUUCAUGGAAAUAAUUUCAUUGGAUCCAUUCCACCAUCUUUUGGCAACCUUUCAGAACUGACAAUACUUUCUUUAGCACAAAAUGAAUUUAAAGGUCACAUACCUCCCACAUUAGGAAAACUUUCACAACUCUCAAGGCUGGACCUUAGCUAUAAUAAUCUGCAAGGUGACAUACCUCCAGAAAUUAGUGAGCUUAAACAACUCAUUGCACUAUACCUCUCUUCUAGCAGACUCUCGGGAAAAAUUCCUGAUGAUCUGGGCAAGUGUCAGGGCCUCGUAACCAUCCAAAUGGACCACAAUAAUCUCACGGGCGUCAUUCCAACCUCUUUAGGCAACCUUUUGAGCUUGGACAUGCUCAACCUGUCCUAUAAUGAUUUAUCAGGUGCCAUCCCAACAGUUCUAAGUGACCUUCAACUUCUUAGCAAGUUAGACCUAUCAUAUAAUCGUCUCCAAGGAGCACUCCCAAGAAAUGGAGUGUUUGAGCACCCUGCAAACGUUUCACUUGAUGGCAACCAGGGACUUUGUGGACGGGCAACCGGUUUCCAUGUGCCCUCAUGCCCAGAUGCCUCGCCGAGAACAGGAAGACACUAUCGUUUGCUUACGGUGUUGAUCCCAAUAAUUGGCUUCCUGUCGCUGGCACUGUUGACUUGCUUUAUAAUCCAUGAGAAGAUACCACAAGCAACGUUUUCAUUGUUGCCUUCUCUUAGGGAGAAAUUCCCUAGAGUUUCUUACUGGGAUCUAGCUCGAGCGACAGGCAACUUCUCUGAGAUUAACUUGAUUGGCGAAGGAAGUUACAGUUCAGUGUACAAAGGAAAGUUGAGACAAGUUAAAACGGAAAUAGCAGUCAAGAUACUUGACCUUGACAUUCCAGGUGCCGAAGGAAGUUUUGCAUUAGAAUGCAAAGCGUUGAGAGGCAUUCGUCACAGAAACAUUGUUCCUCUCAUAACUGAAUGCUCUGCAAUCGACAACAAAGGCAAUGCUUUCAGAGCUCUAAUCUAUGCUUUCAUGCCCAAUGGCAACUUGGAUACUUGGUUGCAUCAUCAAGGGAAUCAGGCAGCUGCAAGGCAUUUAAGCUUAGCUCAAAGAAUAAACAUCGCUAUUAACAUAGCUGAUGCAUUGGACUAUCUGCACCAUGAUACUUGGAGGCCCAUCAUCCAUUGUGAUUUGAAGCCGAGUAACAUACUCCUAGACAUUCAUAUGAAUGCCUGUCUGGGAGACUUUGGCAUCGCAAGGUUCUACAUUGAUUCUAAACUAAGAACGGUCGGAGAUUCAAGUUCAAUUGCUGCAAACGGCACUCUGGGAUAUAUGGCUCCAGAGUAUGCUGAAAGCGGUCAUGCAUCUACUUGUGGGGACGUAUAUAGUUUCGGAAUAGUACUCUUGGAGAUGCUGACAGGAAAAAGACCAACAGAUCAUAUGUUCAGGAAUGAACUCACCAUUGUCAGAUUUGUGGAAACGAAUUUUCCUGAUCACAUAUUCAAUUUUCUGGAUUCCUGUCUGCUAGAUGAAUGCAAUGAUGCCAUCAACCAAGUAGCAGCAGGACUGGAAACUAGAUCAGGCACUCGGUAA